GCAGGCGGGGGAAAUUGACCCCGGUCCGUGUCGCAGGAGGCGCUUCUUCUCCUCGUUUGGGCUGGGCCUCCGAGGAGGAGGCGGGGGAAAAGCAGCCAUGUCGGCGGGCGGCGAGGUGGAGCGGCUGUCGUCGGGCCUGAGCGGGGCCGGGGAUGAGGAGGAAGAGUGGCUCUAUGGCGAUGAGAAUGAAGAGGAGAGGUCAGAGGAAACACCUGCCAGUGCUCAACCCCCUUCUGGAAAUGAAGAAGAAGCAGCCACUGAGAAUGGUGUAGUGAAAACGAAAGUGACAGAGGCUGAAGAUGAUAGUGACAGUGACAGUGAUGAUGAUGAGGAUGAUGUGCAGGUCACUAUAGGAGAUAUAAAAACAGGAGCUCCACAAUAUGGAUAUGGAGCAGCACCUGUGAAUCUCAAUAUUAAGGCAGGAGGACGAUCUUAUGGAUCUUCUGGAGCAAAAGUCAAAGGUGUUGAUCUUGAUGCACCAGGAAGCAUUAAUGGUGUUCCACUAUUAGAAGUUGAUUUGGAUUCCUUUGAGGAUAAACCUUGGAGAAAACCAGGUGCUGAUCUCUCAGAUUAUUUCAAUUAUGGAUUUAAUGAAGACACCUGGAAAGCAUACUGUGAAAAACAAAAGAGGAUACGAAUGGGACUUGAAAUUUUACCUGUUACCUCAACUACAAAUAAAAUUACGGCCGAAGACAUUGCUAUCGAAGUAACACCAGGGACAGAGAUUCCAGAUGGCACAUACAAUCUUUUUAAGGUGCAGCAGGGCAGAACUGGAAACAUGGAGAAAGAAAUAUCACUUCCACCAACCAAACCUGACUUUACAUCUCCCCCACCCUUAUUCAAGACAGGAAUCCCAUCAAACAGAAACAGCGCCUCUUCUCAGUCGCAGACAAGCACUGCAGCCAGAAAAGCCAGUUCAGGCAUCGGGAAGUGGCAGGAGCGAUAUGGGAGGGCUGAGUCGCCUGAGUUAAGAAGGCUUUCUGGCACUAUAGAUGUAAUUGGACAGACCAUCACAAUCAGUCGAGUAGAAGGAAGACGGCGUGCCAAUGAAGACAGCAACAUACAGGUUCUUUCCGAACGCUCCAAUACUGAUGUGGACAGCAAUUUUUCCAAGCCCCCUCCAUUUUUUCCUCCAGGAGCUCCUCCUACUCAUCUUCCACCACCUCCUUUUCUUCCACCACCACCAUCUGUCAGUACUGCUCCCCCUCUGAUUCCUCCGCCAGGUAUACCAAUAACUGUGCCACCUCCAGGCUUUCCUCCCCCACCUGGAGGACCACCGCCUUCUCUCAUACCAACAAUAGAAAGUGGACAUUCCUCUGGUUAUGAUAGCCGCUCAGCUCGUGCAUUUCCAUAUGGUGGUGUCACCUUUCCGCACCUUACAGGUUCUGCCCCAUCAUGGUCAAGUCUCAUGGAUACAAGCAAACAGUGGGAUUAUUAUUCAAGAAGAGAUAAAGAUCGAGAAAGGGAGAGAGAUCGAGAUCGAGAAAGGGACCGUGAUCGUGACAGGGAACGAGAGCGUACUCGCGAAAGGGAGCGAGAGCGUGAUCACAGCCCAACUCCUAGUGUGUUCAACAGUGAUGAAGAGCGAUAUAGGUACAGAGAAUAUGCAGAUAGAGGCUAUGAGCGGCAUAGAACAAGCAGAGAGAAAGAAGAGCGGCACCGAGAAAGGAGACAUCGAGAAAAGGAAGAGACAAGACACAAGUCAUCACGAAGUAACAGCAGGCGUCGCCACGACAGUGAAGAGGGAGACAGCCACAGGAGGCACAAACAUAAAAAAUCAAAAAAGAGCAAAGAAGGAAAAGAAACAGGUGGUGGUGAACCUGCCCCCGAACAGGAAAACACUGAAGCUGCCCCAGCAGAAUAGGCAUGUGAUCUUUGCCUACUUGCUUAUAUUAGUGCCAGAAAUAGAUUGCUCUAAAUCUAAUUAUUUUUCUGGGUCUUAAAAACAUUGCUCUUAAUCUUGUUCUGUUAGUACAAAAACAUAAGUUUAAUUUGGAUUUUUGAAAAUAAAAAGAGUGAAUUUUUCAUGUUAAA